AUGAAGGUAUAUUUAUUGUAUGUUUUGUUAUUAUGUUUACAACAAUUAUCUGUUUACUCAUUGGAUCAUGUCUGUGAUUUCACAAAAGAAUCAAAUAUGCGUGGAACUUCAAAUAAAAAAAUAUGUGAAAUAAAUGCCAAACCAUUUGAUUUAAUAACUUUCAAAUGUCCAAAAAAAUUUGGUCCAAAAUGUUUUAGUUCCGUAAGUUUAUCAGAUGAUAUAAAUAACCCAAAUAAAUUAGAAGCACCAAUGAAUCAAGUAUUAUAUGGAUCAAUAGUUUAUGGUGAUAGUGUUUUAAUAUCACCAGUAGUUCCACGAAACACAACAUUCUAUUGUUUUUGUAAUAUAGAAUCGAAAAUAUCAAAAGAAACAAAAAAUGUAGUACCAAAAAGUGAAAAAAAACAGGAAAAAGAAGAAGAAGAAGAAGAAGAAGAAGAAGAGGUAAUAGAGGAACCUGAAGAAAUAAACGAAGAUGCACAAAGAGCGUUAGACAGAGUGAAAAAGGGAAGAAGUGUAAAAUACAGUGAAAAAACUAAACCAAAAGAAAGCGUAGUUCAAGAAGAAUUAAUAGAAGAAGAAGAAGCACAAGAACAAACUCAAGGAAAGAGUAGAAUAUCUAAAAUUGGUAUUAUGAAAGUUGUAGUUUCAAGUAGUCCUAAUAAAAUAAAAGGAUGUGAUUUUGGUAGUACUUUCUCUGAUUAUUUUACAAAACCAUUUCCUCUGGAAAAACAUGGAGGUAGUAGAGUUUGUAAAAUCGAAGCAAAUCCAGGUGAAUUUGUAGGAUUCAAAUGUAUUUACGAUAGUGAAGGUUCUAUAGAACCAAAAAAUUGUUUUGAAAAAGUUUAUCAUAAUAACACAGAAAAAAAUUUAAAAGACAUUAUGCCAGGAUACAUUUCUUAUAAUAAUGGACAAAAUGCUCAUUAUGCUUUUUAUAUAAGGUUACCACAUUUUAUACAAAGUAGUUAUACUAUUCAGUGCAAAUGUAGAUCAACUCAAAGUGAAUUUGAUAAUUACAUUUUUGAAUUAGACGUAACAGGAGGAGAAAGUGACAUUAUAGAAAAUUCUUUCAAACAUUAG